GCUCGAGCCACUCCCUUAACUUGAUAUCUGUUUACUUUACAGGGAGCAGGUUUUGAGACCGGAUCAUAAAUAUCCUGGCCCAGUGCCCUAGAAGGAAGACAAGGGAAAGAACAUACUCACUCGCCUUCUCAAGAUAGCCUUUGGGAUGUUUAAAUGUCAGACACAAGGAUCUCUGCAGGCAGAUCACUCCAGAGCCUAUUGCAGGACAAUCCUGUGAGGAGUAGUUUCAUUUGAGGCAUCUGGGUGGCUGUCCCUUCUCCGAAAUGGCAGGUGUGAGUGGCUGUAUAAAAUAUUCCAUGUUUGUCUUCAACUUCUUGUUCUGGCUAUGUGGUAUGGUGAUCCUGGGACUAGCCAUAUGGAUACGAGUAAGCAAGGAUGGCAAAGAGAUCCUCGCUUCUGGAGAGUCAGGCACAAACCCCUACCUUUCGGUGAAUAUUCUGAUUGCAGUGGGAGCUAUCAUCAUGGUCAUGGGCUUCCUGGGAUGCUGUGGAGCUAUGAAAGAAAGUCGGUGCAUGCUUCUCUUGUUUUUCAUUGGCUUGCUCCUGAUUCUGAUUUUGCAAGUAGCAUCAGGCGUCCUCGGAGCUGUUUUCAAAUCUGAGUCUAGCCGCAUUCUGAAUGAAACGCUCUAUGAAGAUGUCAAGCUUUUGAGUGAAACAGGUGAUCAAGGAAAAGAAUUCCGAGAGGUCAUGAUUACAUUUCAAAAAGAGUUGAAAUGUUGUGGACUGAUCAAUGGAGCAGCUGAUUGGGGAAGUAAUUUUAAUUAUGCUUCUCAGUCAUGCAGUUGUGAAAAAGCAUCCGGAACUUCUUGUGUGUCUUAUGGGGGCCAAUCUGUUUACUCAGAGACAUGUCUUUCUUUGAUAAAAGAUUUGGUUGAAAAACACUUCAUCAUAGUUAUUGGAAUUGCGUUCGGUCUGGCAGUCGUUGAGGUCAUUGGUUUGGUGUUUUCUAUGGUGCUCUUCUGCCAGAUUGGGAGCAAAUGAAUCUGUGGACUUGUCAAGUUACCAACAAAUUUUUGCUCUGUAACUUUAAAUAUAUGAGUACUGUAUAUGUCAGGAGCAACUGCCUUAUUGAAAUAUCUCACCCAGAUAGACUACAUUAUGUUCUACACAUAUUCACCAUAUUUAAAUAUGAAGGAAAAUGAACGUGUAUUUUUACUCAAAAUAAAAGUGCUGUUGUUUACAUCGA